AUGGCCGUUAAGAGAUUGCAUGGCUGGCAGUCGCUGUUGUGGCUCAGUCUCUUGAGGCUUGUCGCCCUGCGGGGCAUGUCUGACCCUGGCUCCGGGCCACCGCCGCCCGCCUGGGAGCCCAUCCAGGAGGCGGUCGCCUCCCCUCCUGGGCCGCCGCCUGGCUGGCCCCCGCGGCCCCCUGGGCGCUACUGCGGGUGGUGCUCGGGGCGGCUGAGGCCCAACGAGUCGUUGGCCCUGGCCCUGAACGGCCAGCUCUGGGAGGUGUGCGAGCUGUGCUACCUCCUGGCGCUGGCGCGCCAGCACGCCUGGCGGGCCCAGCUGACGCCGGGCGAGCGCGCGGUGCUGCUGGAGCAGGCGCGCCACCUGACGGCCCUCCUGGCGGCGCUGGCUGGCCUGGCGGACGAAGGCGACGGGCCCGCGGUCGCGGCCGCGGCGGUGGCCGAGGCGCAGCUGCGGCGGGCCGCGGGCGUGGCCACGCGCAAGGGGGCGCGGGAGCCGCGGGAGGCCCGCCUGCCUCCGCGCCUGGAGGCGAUGCGCCAGGGGCGCCGCCCGGCGCCGUGGCUGGGGUCGGCGCGGCCCUGGUGGGGGCAUUGGCUGCGCUUCCCGCUCCAGGAGGGGGCGUCUGGUGGACGGGCCUUGGAUGGGUUCGCCAGUUUGCAGCACGGGGCCUUCACAGCGGGGACGGUGCUGGAGACGCCCACGCACGAUCCGACGGGCCAGGUGGACGGCACGGCGCUCUUCGAGGUCGUGGAGGCGGGCGUGCCGGGCCCAGACGGGGUCUACCUCUCCGUGAACUUCCGGGGCGCCUCGCUCCCGGCCCGCGCCCUGGAGCUGGACCUGAGCUUCCCCGCCCCAGGCGCCGGGCAGCCAGGGGUCCUGCACCUCUGCGCGGGCGGCGCCGCUGCCUGCAGGGCCCCGCGGCUGGUCGGGCGCGGCGAGCGGCGCGCCGACUGGCUUCGCCUGAGAUCGGCUCGGAGCCUGGUCGAGCCCUGGGUUCGGCCGGCCUUCCGACCGCCAGGCGGCGGUGGGCCCGGGGGCGGCGCCGCCGCUGCGCCCGCGCGGGGCCGCCUCGCGGGGGCUGCGGCUGGGUUCGCGGAGGCUGCGGCUGCUCUGGAGGCGGCCGGCUCGGCAGCUCGCCCGCUGGCGGUCCGCCGGCGCCGUCGCGAGCAGUCGCGAAGCGACAGCGAGGAGCGGGCUGGCGGUGACCAGCUGGAUUCUCGCGACGCCCCCUCCCGCGGCAACGCCAUUCAGGCGGUGGCCGACGGGCGCCCAUGCAUGCUGUGCGACGAAGCGAUUGCCCAGAUCGCGCGUGUCAUGGGCCUGCGGGAGGGGGCGGACGGGCAGAGGGUUCGCCCUCGCAUCAGGGGCUACCUCCAGGCCGUGGUGUUCGGCCACCACCCGAUUCACUCGGUCGGGGAGCGGACGGUGCGCGAGCUCCAGACGCUGGCGGCAGCGAUGGACCUCCUCGAGGACGGGUCGCUGGCGUCGGUCGCGAACACGCUGAUGCAGCGGUUCAAGGCGCUGGAGACGGCGCUGAACGACGGCAACUGGUACAUCGCCAACGAGCUGGAGGGCGGAGCCGCGGGCGCGGGGGCGACCCCGCUCGCCGCGGGUGGCCCUUCAUGGCGACGAGGCGUGGCGCUGCCCGCCCUGGAGGAGCUGCGGCGGCCGCGGGCCAGGCUGCCAGCGGGCUGGAGGAUCCCGCAGCCGCUCGCGAGGACGGCCCGCGGGGACAGCCCCCACCCUAGCGCCGCGGGGGCGCCGGGCCGCGCGGCGCUGCUGGGCGCCCCCGAAGUCCGCGCCUUCCGUCAGGACCAGCCAGCAGCGCAGGUCGGCGGAGAGGCCCCCCAGGGGCGCGGCGGCAGCCCGAAGGGCAAGGGCAGGCACCGCGGGCGCCGGGCGCCGAGACCGCCAACUGACUCGCUGGCAGCAGGCCAGGAGGCGGCGCGCGUGGAGGCAGUGUGGCCAGACGCUGGCGCCCCCCUGGCGGAGCUCUUCCGCAGGUGGCAGGAGAAGGCUGGGGCGGCUGCCGAGUCCUUCCGCCGGCCGCUAGAUGCGGGCCCGAUCCUCGAGGAGCUGGUGGACAGGUUUAUGCACAGCGGGCAUCGGCCAACUAGACGGGGGCGGCUGCAGCGUGACCUGCUGCCGCUACCCUGUCCUGAUCUCGAAGCUUCGGACUUCACCGUGGAGGAGAAGAUUGACCCAGGCGACCUGAGCUCGCUGCAGUCGCGCUUGAGGGUGAUCGUGAUGGCUAUGAACUGGGAGGCUGGCUACCGUCACCUGAAGUGGGCGGACGUCUGCGGGCCGGAGCCGAACGCAGCCCAGCGCUCGGCCCUCCUCGGGAUUGCGCGGCGCAUCUACUCGAGCGGUGCGCCCGAGCCCGCCAUGGCCGAGACCCUCGACUGGCCCGAGAAGCUGAAGGGCCGGGCCAUCGCGCACGACGGCUCGGAGAUCUCCACGCCGAGCAAGAUCACGCUGGAGCAGAUCGAGGGCGGCCUGCCGCCUGCGGGGGUAGCCGCCUCCAUCGAGGCCGCGGACCUCGCCACGGGCUUCGUGCGGGCGCCCUGCGCCGACCUCGACGCGCGUCUGGGCGACGGCGCACUCGAGUGGGAGCAGGUGGUGAAUGCCUUGUUUGCACGCGGGAUGGUUGGCCCGAUCGACGAGGACGAGAUCGCGACCAGAGACGGGGUCCCCUUGAUCAACGGGGCCUUCGGCGUGGCGAAGGUGCACGACGCGCCAGUCCGCUGCGGCGAUGGCGAGGAGCGGCCCGUCUUUCGGCUCAUCGUCAACCUGAUCCCCGCGAACGCGUGCCAGCGCACCAUCGCGGGGGACACCCCCGUCAUGCCGACGAUGGGGCAGUUGAACGGGCUGGCGCUGGCUCCAGGGGAGCAGCUGCGCUGGAGCGGGGCGGACCGCAAGGCGUUCUUCUACGUCUUCAGGGCGACCCCCGCCUGGUGGCCCCACAUGGCGCUGGGGCCGCCGGUGCCGCGGCGGCUGGUGGGCGGCAGCGGCGACGGGCUGGCCCGCGUCGCGCUGAGGGCCCAGGCAGACGGCAUCGCGAUGUGGUUCAUCUACAUCGACAGCCUCGAGAUCGCAGAGAUCGCGUCGAGUGAGGAGGCCGUCAAGCUGAAGGGGACCGUCCCCGAGCUGCUGAGCCGGGCGUCGGCCUGCUACGAGGAGGCUAAGUCUCCGGGAUCGCCGGGGAAGGAUGUCCACCGCGCCCAGCAGGUGUCCACGCUGGGGGAUCUCGUGGAUGGCGCGGCUGGCGUGCGGCGGCCGCCGCUGGGCUACGUCACGGAGCUCACGAGCCUGACGUGGUGGUUCCUAGCGAAGAAGCGCCCGAGCAGGCGCCUGGCGCAGAUCCUGCUGGGGCGCUGGGUUCGCGCGCAGUGCUACCGGAGGCCGCUCGCCGCCGCCUUCGUGAAUGCUUGGAAGUGGCUGGCGUCGGGCCGCUCGGGCGGGCUCGCCACUGUGGGCGUCGCCGAGGACCUGCUGAUGGCGGCCGCGCUCGCACCGCUCAGCGUGGCGGACAUGCGGCUGACCGUCGACCACCUCGCGACGGCGUCCGACGCCACAGAGGCCGCGGGGGCAAUCGUCUACUCCCAGGGGCUGUCGGACAUGGGCCGCGCCCUUGGGGCUAGAGGCCCGCGGGCGCUCAACCCCGCCUGCGAGGAGGGCGUCGCUCUGAUCUCGGUCUUCUCUGGGAUCGACGGGGCGCGCCGGGCCUUCGAGAUCCUGGGCCUGGUCCCCGCGGCGCACCUGUCCUUCGAGGUUGACGCCGAGGCUGUGCGGGUGGCUCGACGAGCGCACCCCAGCACCGUGCACCUGGGAGACGCCACGGCCGCAGACCCUGCGAAUCUGGCGCGCCUCCUGCGGGGCCACGGCCGCAUCACGAAGGUGCUCGUGAUCGGGGGCUUCCCGCGCCGGGGCUUCACGGUGCUGAACGUGGCCCGCGAGGGGAGCGCGGACCCGAGGUCGCAGUUGGUGGGCCACAUGUGGAGGCUCAUCGAGGGGCUGAGGCGCCAGCUGCCCGAGGCCACGGUGGACUUCCUCGGGGAGAACGUGGCCUCCAUGGCGGAGGACGAGGUCCUGGCCUUGAACAAGAUGUUCGGCCGGGUGCCGGUGCCCCUCGACGCCGCGGACCUGGGCUGGGUCCGCCGCCCGCGGCUGCACUGGCUGUCGUGGGACCUGCUGCCCUCCUUCGAGAUGACGGCCGAGAUGAAGGCGGCGGCGGAUGGUGCCCGGCCGCGGGCCUGCCGGGUGCGCCUGGUGACGGAGCUGCCGCCUGUCUCGGAGUGGCUGCCGCGCGGGGCCACCUGGCCCGGGGCCGCCGAGGACGGCCGCCUGCCGACCUUCUCGCGCUGGACGCCUCGGAGCUCACCUCGGCCGCGGCCCGCGGGGCUCCGCCAGUGCACGGCGAAGGAGGUGGCGCGCUGGACAGCAGCGGGCUACGCAGCCCCGCCCUACCAGUUCCGGGACUGCUUCUGCCUGCACUGGGCGGAUGGGCGCAAGGAGCCGCCGCGGACAGUGGAGCGCGAGGUGUUGAUGGGGUUCAGGCGGGGCCACACCGUGCCCUGCAUGAGCAGCUCCGCCGCCGAGAGCGACCCCGAGCGCUUCGAGGCCCUGCGGCGGUCGCUCGUGGGCAACUCCUUCCAGUGCGAAGUCGUGGCCUGGCUGCUGAGCCACUGGGCGGUGCACCGCGCGCUGCUGGUGGCGGUGCCGUCCCUGCGGAGCCUCCGCGAGAGCUCGAGGAGCUGGUCGAUGGGCCGCAAGCUGUGGGCUGGCGACGUGGAGACGCUGCGGCGUGGGCGCGAGGCCGUGUGCGAGGAGAGCCUGCACCUGCUGGAGGCGGCUGGCAGCGUGCCUGCGGCUGGCGAUGGGCAGCUGCCGCGGGCCGUCUACGUCGGCCGCGGGUCGCGCCGCUGGGGGCUUGCCCCCUCCAAGUGGGGGAACCCGUACCCUGUGGUGCCGGGGCGGGCGGCCGGCGACGCCGCGGCGCCGUUCGCGGGCUGGUUGCGCUCCCAGCCCAAGCUCCUGGACCAGCUGGGAGAGCUGGAAGGGGCUCGGCUGCUCUGCCACUGCCCCUCCGGCCAGGCCUGCCACGCGGACGUGCUGCUGGCCGAGCUGGAGCAGCGUGGCAAGGGGUGCACGCGGCCCUUCCUGGAGCACCAGAGGGCGGUGGCCUCGCUGGUGAUGACGUGCCACCACUCGGGCGCUGACCUUCGAGUGGAUACCGAUGCAGAGACGCAUGGCAAGAUGUUCCCACGGCAAGAGAUCGAUGCUGGCAUUUGGAAGUGGAAGGUCGCACGCCAGCUCGUUUGGCAGGACCAAGCCAAGCACAUCAAUGUGUUAGAGUGCGAGGCUGCGUUGAUGGCCCUGCGUUGGCGGGCCCGCUUAGUCUCGCGGCAGAUGUGCGUCUUCCUCCACCUGCUCGACAGCAUGGUGAAUAUAGGUGCUCUUGCCAAGCGCCGAUCUUCGAGCCAGCAGCUCAACAAGGUAGUGCGCGCCUUAUCCAUCCUCGAGCUGGCGCUCGGAUCGCGGGCUGUCUUUGCCUUCACCUCAUCGGCAAAGAACCCUGCGGUUGCGCCAUCCCGCUUGCCUAAUGGGUAG